AAUAUUUGAAAAGUUUUCGAUGUGACUUAAUAUUCGCAUGUUUGCAGUCAGCUGUGAAUGUUCUUUUCUCUCAACAUUACGGGAAAAAAAGUGAAAUUUACAAACUCAACUUAUUGAUUGACAGUAUUAAAUUAUUUCCCAUAUGAUUAUACACAAAAAUUGGGUCAUAAAUGUGACAUUGAGUGCUGUAAUUGUUGCGACAUGUUUUGUCGGUGAUAAAAAAUUACACGCAAUUAAUGAGAAGCAAAUUGUUCGUGCUAUUUUUGAUAAUGUGACUCACGGAUUAGUUGGAUUAUUUGCGUGUGCAAUUGCAUUCGUCGAUAAUUGGGAUAAGAUGUAUAUGGCACUUAUUUGUAUGUUCAUCUCGUCUGCUAUAGAUCUUGAUCACUUUAUUGCUGCUAAAUCGUUUCGAUUAUCGGAAGCCACGAAUCUUCAGUCAAGACCCUUUCUACACAACUCUCUGAUACCUUUAAUAUUUAUCAUACUAUUAGUAACCUGCCACUUAAGUUCACAAAAUGAUUAUGUGAUAAUGAUACUGACUGUGUUAAGCAUAGCUUUUUCUACACAUCACAUUCGAGAUGCAAACAGGAGAGGAUUAUUAUUCGCGCCAUUUUUUCAGAUGCCACCCAUUCCAUAUUUCCUGUAUAUUGGAUUAACUCUGCUCAUUCCGUUCAUAUUUAAAGCUUUCAUUAUCAGUGAAUUUAAGUAUACUCGCUUGAAUAUGUCUUCGAUGAUAAUAGAUAUCUAGUUAUAAUGAUAAUAAUAAAUUAAGGGGAUCGUUCAUAAAUGAUGUUCAACUUUUGAAAUUUUUUGAUAUGUCCUCAAGAGAGGAAAAGGUCUGAAAAUUCUACAGAUUUUGAUGAACGUCAUUUAUAAACGACCCCUAAGUCUAGGAUUAUAAACGUCUUGUGAUAAAUAC